UCUGAGUUCUCAGUAAUGACCCAAGCCCGCACUCCAUCUCUUGCUUCUUUCUUAAAGCCCUCUCUUCUUUCCACCCCAAUUCCCUCCUUCCUCUCCUUCUCCUCUCUCCCUCUCUUCCUUCCUUCCUUCACUCUAAGAUAUCCGAAUCCCACUUCGUAAGUCUCUUUGGCCAGUCUCUAUAGGAGAAAAGGGAAGAGCUUUGGAACCCGUAGAAAAGCUGCCGCCUUUUUCUCGCGCGCUUUCUUCUCUCUUCUGCUUAAUCAUUAUUCCCUUCUUGUUAAGUUGUGAAAGGAUGGGCGACCAUUUUGUGUUGUUGGUGGACCGCUUGCUCACCGAGUCUACGCUGGAAGCCGCCAUCAGAAGCAGAAACGAUGCCGCUGUUGGGUCUCCUGAUUCAGCUUCGAUGGUGGAGCUGGAGAUUGACCUUCUGCCAAAGAAGAAUGUCAGGGAUGGGACAUCGGCUGAGAAGUUGGUGCAGUGUCGAAUUUGCCAUGAUGAGGAUGAGGACUCCAACAUGGAGAUCCCCUGCUCCUGCUCUGGAAGCUUAAGGUAUGCUCACCGCAGAUGUGUUCAAAGGUGGUGCAACGAGAAGGGUGACACCAUGUGUGAGAUAUGCCUACAGCAAUUCAAGCCAGGUUACACUGCCCCUCCGAAGUUGUUUCUGUAUGGAAGUAUCCCAAUGAACUUCAGGGGAAAUUGGGAGGUUUCUCAGCGCGAUGUCCACAAUCAUCGAUAUAUAACAAUGACUCCGUCAGAUCGUGAUAUUGUAGGUCCUGACUACAGGGAUUAUUCAGCUUCAAACACAAGAAGCAUUAUGUACUGUCGCUUGAUCACCGUAAUUUUCAUGGUUCUUUUGAUUCUUCGCCAUACGCUUCCUAUUAUUAUGAAUGGAGCCGAGCAGUAUUCUUUACCAGUGCUCGCAGUAAGUCUCACGUUAUUGCUGUUGAGGACUGUUGGAAUUAUCCUACCUCUCUAUAUAAUGUUGAGAGCAGUUACCACAUUUCACUGCCGGCGCCAGCAGCAGGAGACAGAUGGAGCUUCCACUUUAGCAUCUGAAACAGAGAAUGGGCGACCGCAACCUAUGCAUCCUCAACCACACAUCAUUCGUGUCUACUAGGGAGAGCUGAAUGCAGAUGUGUUGGCUCCAUAAUAUGUGCAAUGAACAAAAUGGAAUUUGUGGGGCUAGCAUUUUGAGAAAACUUGAGCUUCAGAUGGAUUAUCAUGAGCUAGAAACUACAUAUAAAAUAGGCAUCAUAUUGAUUGUCUAUAUAUAAAUAUGUUGCAAUAGUUUUGACAUUCCAAAUGAUGCCCCCUCGCUUAAGAUACCUAAAGAUGAAGUGUAUAUACAUUUUCGAUUAAUUAAAGAAAGCACAAUUAUUCACGCCGAUU